AUGCCACCUUCACUAGAACAUGUUUUUACAAUGAGGAUGUAUACAUCCCCAGACAAAGCCCUCGUCAUCCCCGAAGCCAAGGGCAAUAAUCAUCGCAUUGUCGCUUUUCUGACGCACGGCCACAUCAAAGGCAGUGGGCUCGAGGCAGACCUUCUCCCAGGCGGCGCUGAUUGGAUUCUGCGUGACCCUGACACAAACACUGGACAUCUUGAUGUUCGAGUUCAAUUUCGAUCGAAAGAAGGUCACGGGAUUUACAUUCACUUCAAGGGUGUUCUACAGAUUGAUGAGAAAUGGAUGGAAGUUUUUACCGGGGGCCCGAAGGCUCGAACUCUCGAGUUUGGAGAGAACGAAUGGCUGGGAUCUCCCAUUAUUGAGACCAGCCAUCCGGACCUGAAAUGGGUAGAGCGCUCCGCUUUUGUCAGUGAAUUGCGUUGGUUUGUUGAUCAUGAUGGGGCUGUCGCUGUGGAAAACGCUGUCUACAAGGUCAAGCCGAGCAGAGUAUGA